GCCGCAUUACUACCAAAAAUUUACGAAAAAAAUUCAGAAUAUUUACGGUAAUAAAACAGAAAAAAUACGGUAUUUUAAUAGCAUUAAAACCGUAAUUAUACUGCAUAUUUUCGGCAUUUUUGCAGCAUUAAACCGUUCUACCCGGAACAAACAUUAUAUAUAAUUAUAUAAAAUUUUAUUUAAUUAUAUAUAAUUAUAUAUAACAUUAUAAAGUUAUAUGUACAAUAACUGUCAUGAAAAAAAAAAAAAAAAAAAAACCCGCCGACUCGUGGGCUCGAUCCCGAGUCCUAAUGAUUUAAAGCCUGAUCUAUUAGCCGUUAUGCCAAAUCUCUUAUUCGAAAGAUGAUACUAAUUGUAUUCAUAUCUAUACAAACAAACUUAAGAAAAUUGAAGACCUCAAUUUUCCCGGAUUCUUAUUUUCACUUACAUUCUUUUGUUUCAAUAAGAAAUGUGUGAACUAAUAAAAUAAAAUAUAAAAUUUUACACUUUGCACAUUUUCGAUGAUUUUAACCGCAGAAGCAAAUAUAAAAUAAAACCAAAUUUUUUACAAUUUUUCAUUAUAUCAGGAUAAAUCUGGCAAAAUCGCAGGAUAUCUACGGUAUAAUUACCAAAAAAAUACGAUUUUAUUAUUAAAAAAUUAUCGCAUUAUUGCGGUAUUUAUAUAGCAUUUUUUCGGUAAAAGUUCGGCAUUUUUAUAGUAAUUUUACUAUAGUAAUCUGGUAACUCUACAGUAUAAGUACAGCAAAAAAAAUGGCCAAUAUAACCAUAUUAUUACCAAAUUAUUACGGAAAAUUUACGGCAUGUGUAUAAAUGCCGAAAAUUUACGGCAUUUUUACGGCAUUCGCAAAACCGCGAGGGAAUUGUUGCUUUGUCUAUCUUCUUUCUUUUUCUUUCCCCUGAACGACAAUACAAACUUCUUAGGUUAUCAACUGAUUUUCCUCUUACAACAAUGAGUUUUCAAACAAGAGGUUAACCAAUAAUGCGUUUCUGAUUAAUCAUACGAAAUGUUCUAGCUGAUUCAUUUGGAAAAACACUUAAUACCUUUUCAACUAUGACGUAAUAUCCUGCACAACGAAGGCGACUAUAAUGUGUAACGGGUUUUUCACCACCGGAGAUACCGGAGUGAAGUCCGAGGCUUUCUUAUUUACUUCCCGAGGAGUGUAUACUAUUUUUCUCCUCGACGGAGGCGGAAAGAGGCAACUUCGUUUUGCACAGCGGGACGAAAGUUGACGCUUUUCGUCCGGAGAAUCAUGUGAUUGGCGGUCAUUUGUGUGAGAUUGAACAUUAGUAUUUAUUACUGGAGCUCAAACAAAUAAAUCACGCAUAUAUAAUUUUGUACUUAAAAUUUACGCCUGACAAGCGUCAAGUUGUCAGUUCACUGUGUAAAAGUCUAAAUUUAUUAAAUAAAUAAUGGCACAAGUGUAAAAAAAUUUCAACUUUAAUAGCAUGACCUACAUAAAUCAGAAAUUAAAUCAUAAUUACGUGGACAUUUAUGUUAACUACACUCGGGUAAUAUAUAAUGUGAAUGUCAGAACACAUUUUUAAUUCAUAACAUUUUUAUUUUUACUCAGAUAACGACUCCAGUUUCGUACAUGUGAAUUAAAUAUUUUAUUGUUGUUAUUUUUGAAUAAAUUUAAUUACUAAAUCUGUAAUUAUUAUUCUACUUAAUUAGAAGAACGAAAAGUAAUAUUUAAUGAAAGUAAUAAAGAUUUUUAAUCAAAAAAUAGCUAUAGUUUUUUUAAUUUGCAUCGUAGAGGAGCAAAUAUAUUUUUCUUACAGUCAAAAUAUUUUUAAUAAAAAUAAUAAUCAAAUCAAAUCAAGAAACUUAUUUAGUUAUGGGGUGAAUGCAAUAAAUGAAAUUAAUUCUAUUAUAGAAGCUCCAUUCCAUGCUAUUAUGCCAGGUACUAAAUGGUGCGGUGAUGGAUCUAUAGCAAAACAUAAAUCUGACUUGGGAAUAUUUUGGAGAACUGAUAUUUGUUGUAGACAACACGAUUAUUGUCAACCUAGUAUUGUAGCAGGUGGCCAUUUGGGACCGCUCCAGAAUGAUGGACCAUUUACUCGAUCAGCGUGUGGGUGCAAUGAAAUAUUUUACCAUUGUUUAAAAAAUGUAUCGUCACCUGUUUCAUAUAAAGUAGGAAUUAAAUAUUUUAACUUAAUAUCACCAUCAUGUUUUAUUUAUGACUAUCCAAUCAAGCGUUGUCUCAAAUAUGCCGGGUUCGUUAAUAGAAGAUGUAUCAAGUAUGAAGUUGAUCAAUCAUUGUCGAAAACGUUGCAAUGGCGAGACAACAGAUUAUUUACAAUAUUUUAAUAGUAAGGUUUUGAUAAUUGUUCGAUAACUAUAUUUAUCUACGUCCAUCAAGGUCGCACGCCUUUACGAUGUGCGUUCGAUUGUAUACCUUUGUUCACUAUACGUGUGUAAGUUGGAGUCCAAUAAACGAAAGAAUAUUAUUUUCUGAGUAACUUAGAUACAGAGAAUCAUAUUUUCUUAUAAUAUUGUAACGAAUGUGAAACUGAUCUUUAAAAUAUUUGAAUAGCUAGAAAAGAAAUGCCUUCUUCUUAUGUUUUAUAGAUGCGAGACUAAGUCAGUUAGUCUUAAUUUGACAUCUUAA